AUGUACAAAUACCUGCCUGGUACCAAACAUAACCAGUAGUAUCCAAGUGACCUUGCUAUCCAUUUGAGAACCUGGAUGAGAAGUGAGGAGUGGAAGGGAAAUCCAUGUUCUGAGGGAAAUAUCUGUGAAGGUAUGAAACUACUUCAAGUCCCACCAGUCAUUGUGGUUGUUGGAAACCCAGCCUUACUGGAAGUUAAGACGGAAGGCUAUUAUGAUGUCACUGAUAGUUACCAUUUGAAGGUUCACAUAGCUAGCAAAUUUUUCCAAAAAGGUUCCACUUCACUAUCAAUGAUUAUGUGGGAAGCCUCCACUUCAUGCUCUGUAACUACAUUAUUGCCCAUCAUGAAGAGCAGUUGCAGCUACCUCAAGACUCUACACCACAUUCCUGGCAGACAAAUACCACGUGAAGACUGGAUUAGUGGAGUUCACAAGGACAGUCGAGGUUUCAAUAUGAUCAAAACUCUGCCGAUAAACUACAGACCUCCAUCCAAUAUGGGAAUUUCUAUUCCACUCACAGAUAAUAUUUAUCAUGCAGACCCUAGCAAACCCAGACCAAGAAGUCUAUUUCACAAGUCAAAGGUAACAGGCAAAUUCAAGCAGUGUGAUAAUGUUCCCAGUCGGGAAAUGUGCAACUGCACAGAACAUCAAAAGUUUUCACAUGCUGUUGCUUUCUCAGACUGCAAAGAAAAGGACUCCUGGAGCGCAACCCAGUGCUUAGCUGUGGAUCUCUGCAUCUGCUUCAUUCAGGUGAGGGACAUCUAG